UCUGCAAGUGUGUUUCUUCUUCUGGUGUGUGAUAGUGUUUUCCAGCUUGGCAAGACUGCUGUAAACUGAACUACAGUUGUUGCAGAUAAGUGUGGAUGCCUAAGUGUGUGGCUGAUCAAGAAAGGAGACCUGGAUACUGACUGAGGGCUGUCUCUUCUGCCUGUCAUGCUACACAAUAUUGUCUUGUUGGGUGUCGUCACCUUGCUCGGGGUUCUGGAACAAGCGUAUUUCUCUCUGCAGGUGAUUGCGGCCAGGCGCAAGUUCGGUGUUUCUCCUCCCAACACUUCCGGGCCCCCUGAAUUUGAAAGAGUUUUCCGAGCUCAGGUAAACUGCACAGAAUAUUUUGCUAUGUUCCUUGCUGUGCUAUGGCUGUCUGGGAUCUUCUUCCAUCAAGGCACAGCUGCAGCCUGUGGGAUUUUAUACCUGUUUGCCCGCUACCGCUACUUCGGGGGCUACAGCACAUCAUCCCAGGGCAGAUUGGCUCCAAUGUAUCUGAAUGCUGGCAUUCUCUGGUUUAUGAUUGGCCUUUCUGCAUUAGGCAUCCUAAAUGUUCUCACCUCUCAUUACCUGGGGUUGGAGAUCCUGUGAUCAUGGAGAAAAUGAAUUAAAAAUGUAUAAUAUUCAGUAUUGCAAGACGUUUAGUAAAACGUCAGGUUUGGACUUUCACUGUAAUGUAUCCUUAAAACAGAAUGUUUCAUGUUAUGUUUAUUUUCUAUUGGAUAAAUCCAUUUUCUAGUUUUGCUAAUGUAGCAGAGGACUAUGUGAUACCCCUUGUAGUUGUGUAGUCCGGAUCGUACCUGGUCUUAGAAGACCAUUCUUGGUAGUCUUCCUGUCAAAACCUGGCAAAGGAAUAGAUUACCGCAAAUCCCAGCUAUAAGGCAGACACCAGGAAAUAACUGACAUUUAAAUGUAUUAAACUGCAGUAAUGCCUCACUGUAAUUGUUUAAUGUAAAGUAAUAAUUAGCAGGUGUAUAAUGAAACAGUAUGUCAACUUUGCAAACCUGUAUAGGCCACUGUUUCGUAAAUACUGUAAUGGCUGAGAUCCAGGCUAUUGUGAUGGGCAAUCGCUAUUGGGCCUUGUUCGAAUAAACAGUGCAAUGUCAAUAAUAUUUAUUUUUUUAAAUACUCUUGAUAAUUGGGUAACCUUGUUACUGCACACCCAGAAUACUCUCUCAUGUGACUGUAAAGCCCUACAUCAACUCACACUGUGGCCAGAAUACACUUACUGUUUUGUUUUUUUAUAAAUCUGUUUAUUGAACUGCCAAAAUUGUACAUGAGAAAACAAUCAGACAUCUGGAGAAUACAGAGAAGCAU